CGAUAAUAUCUUGUUGGGUCCAGAUGGCAAGGUCAAAUUUUCUGCGAUUCUGGUAUGGUCUUCUCCUCGAGACUGGGGAUUGGACCUUCAGGUCAUCAUGGAUCUCCUCCUCUCCGAGAAAGGACAUCUUGGCACCAGGUCUCCUAUGAACGGAGAUGUAAAACUCCCAAAUCAAGGAUACCUUCAAGAUGAGCAGCCAGCGAUCCAUUUCUGCAAUCCAGAUUUGACAUACGCUACUUCGCACCCCCACCCAAGAGCAGCUCAAGGUUCCUUCAGAGCUGCCCUGGAAGGUCUAUGGUCUGCGACAACAGGAGGCGCAAAGCUUCUGAACUGCAAGACGGUAGGGAAGCCCACUGAAGAGACGUACAUCUUCGGCGAGAAAACACUCGUGGAGUGGGAGAAAAGCAUGAAUGGCGGAGACGGAAAACUUGGGACGAUCUAUAUGGUGGGUGACAACCCGAGUUCUGACAUUCAGGGCGCCAAUAACUUCACCAGCAGACUUGGAACUGAGUGGAAGAGCAUCUUGGUGGAGAGCGGGGUGCAUGUUGCUGGGGCAGAGCCUGCGCAUAAGCCCGAUGCCAUCAUGAAGAGUGUGAAGGAAGCGGUGGAAUGGGCGUUUUGGAACGCGAAGUUGAGUGACUUGGGACACAUCCGUGAGACCUCGGCAACGCCCGAGUCUGUAUAAAGCCAGAGCAGUGAAUAUUUAUAGGUCGUCUCGAUGGCCUGGGUACCCAAAGGGCAAUGAAGAUGUAGUACGCUUAAAUCUCAAAUCGCGAUGACGGAGUCUGCUAGCAGAGUCUCCUGCCGU